AUGGACCUGGAUGAUGAGGGUCGCUUAAAGAAUAUGCUUUGGGCAGAUCCAAGGAGUAGAGAAGCAUACAAAGAAUUUGGAGAAGUUGUCACAUUUGACACUACUUAUCUGACAAACAAGUAUGCUAUGCCUUUUGCUCCUUUUGUUGGUGUAAACCAUCAUGGUGAAUCUAUUUUAUUUGGGUGUGGGCUGAUUUCGAGUGAAGACAAAGAUAUAUUUGCUUGGUUAUUUGAAACAUGGCUUACAUGCAUGCAUGGAAAAGCUCCAGAAGGAAUCAUAACAGAUCAAGAUAAAGCUAUGCAAAACGCUAUAGAGAUUGUGUUUCCAAAUACCAAGCAUCGUUGGUGCCUUUGGCAUGUGAUGAAAAAGUUACCUGAAAAAUUUAGAAGCUACAAAAAGUAUGAGGCUAUUAGUCUCGAUAUGCUCAGUGUUGUUUACGAUUCACAAGAUCCUGAAGAAUUUGAACGAGACUGGUCUGUGUUCCUUGAAGAAUAUAACUUGCAUGAGAAUGAAUGGUUGACUACAUUAUAUGAUGAGAGACAUCUUUGGGUGCCAUGUUUCGUCAAAUCCCAUUUCUGGGCGGGGAUGUCAACCACUCAAAGAAGUGAAAGCAUUAACGCUUUCUUUAAGGAUUAUGUAACUUCCAAAACCAUGUUGAAACAAUUUGUUUAUCAAUAUGAACAAGCAACAAAUGAAAAAGUGGAAAAAGAAAGUCAGUCUGAUUUUAAAUCGCACAAUUCAAUGCUAUCAAUUGUUACUACUUAUGAGUAUGAAGUACAAGUUCGAAAGCUAUAUACCACAUCAAAAUUCAAAGAGUUUCAAGAUGAACUGACAGGAAUGAUGUACUGUAUAUUCAUGAGUUCCCAAGAAAACGAUAAUCUCUCAACUUAUGGCAUACGAGAAGAUAUCGUAGUUGGGGAAGGAAAAAAGAGAAUGAUUUUUACUAUAUCAUAUAAGAAAGAUGAAUGUGUUGUACAAUGCAAUUGUUGUUUGUAUGAAUCCAGGGGAAUCCUUUGCAGACACGCGUUGGUUGUCCUUAUUCGAAAUGAUGUUGAUGAAUUUCCAGAAAAAUAUAUUUUAAGGAGAUGGAGGAAAGAUGUGUCUCGGAGCCAUACAAAGGUUAAAGUAAAUUUUAAUGCUUGUUCUGCAACUCCUGAACGACAAAGGUAUGAUAAAAUGUGUUCAGCCUUUAUGAAAAUUGCAUAUCUUGCAUCCACGAGCGAAGAACGUUGUACUCAUGAUGUUCAAGUCGAUGUUCCUGUCAAAAAAACAAGAAAAAGAAACAACUCGAAUCAGUCCAAGACUACAGCUGGUACUCCAAAGAAACCUAGAAAAAGGAACUCUAGAGCUCAAUCGAGUAAUACUACUCCAAAGAAAUCUAGAGAAAGGAACACUAAAGUGGAAUCGUGUAAGCAUACUCCAAAGAAGCCUGGAAAAAGAAGCAAACUAAAUCAGUAUGCUCAAGAUGAUGAGGUAACCAUUGCUCAGGAUGUUGAGGUUUAUCAUCCCAUACAAUCAUUUCCUCCAGAAAUGGUAGAGGAGUCUCCCAUCAAUGAGAGCCUAGCAGUGUCCAUGGGAUCAAAUGGCGAAGGAAUUUCAACAGGCCUAGGAGAAAUACAAGAGAGUCUCACAAUAAACCAGACACAAGAGAGCAUUAUGAUGAGCUCACAAAGUGUCCUAUUUAACUUCAAGCAAAUGCAACAAGAACCCAAUGGUUUCCCUGGACUAGAAGAUCAAACCAGUGGAUUAUUUUGGUUUCGUGAAUGA